UUUAUUUUCUGUUGUCGCUGUCACCUAAAAAUGGAGUUGGGUGAGAGUAGAGAAAGGAAGUGAGCGGCGCUCUCUCGCCACAGCCUCCAUCGCCUUCCAAUUUUCCCUUUUCUUCCUUUAAUACUUUUAUUCUAUAAUCGGUUCGAAGUGUUGGGGUUUUUGAAGACAUUCGAAGGGGAGGAGAUGGACGUCGAUGAUAACUUCAACAGCAACAACAAUGAGAUGUGGGAAUGGCGAGAAGAGUAUAGCCUGCAAACAGAUUCACGAAGUAAUUUUUCUCACUUUCUAUGGGAUGAAGUGAAUCCAAAUGAAGAUGAUUUCUUGUACAUGCUGGAGCAACAAACUCCUAUUAAGGAUUGUGCAGAUUUUGGCUACCAAGUAUCGGAUAUUGGAGAUAUUACCGACAAAGGUUUGGAGGAAUCUGAGGAACCUUCACAACUCAAGAGGAGGCGGAUGCUGCAGUUCACGUCGGAUACCAAUGAGGCUGACAUUGGCAGCGAGGAAGGUGCUGCUACUUUCUUAAAAUCUAAGGCAAGGGAUUUCUCAAUGAUGGAAGAUGAACUUUCAGAAAGUUUAAACUGGACUUCACAGUGGACUGUGGGAUUUUCAGGUGAGAGGUGUGCCAUAAGUUGUGAAGGGUUGGAUCAGUCAUCAGAGGGGUGGCUGGUGGAUUGCUUGAAUGAAAACAAGAUGCAUUGUAUCCCUGAUGAAAUGAAUAAUUAUUUGAUGUCCAAUGAUCCAGUUGGUGUUUCUGAGUGUGACAACAUUUUGCCUGAGAUGGAAAAUGAUGUGGUGCAAGAGACCCCAGCUCCUGCUCCUCCUGUACUUUUUAAGGGUAGGAAAUCUUAUAUUAAAUCUCCGGCAAAGUUAACUAGUUCGAUUGCCUACCCUUUUUCCCUUAUCAAGCCAUGUGGUGUUCAAGGUGAUGUGACUUUGAAUGACAUAAAUCAGCGAAUUCUAGCUCCACCACCAUCAAGAUUAAAGCAUAAGAAGGAUGAAGAAACUACGAUUUCUUAUCCUACUUCAGCUUAUUCUGGGAAGCCUGUGGUUGUCAAAACUAAAAUUUGCACUGAAGGGGGAAAAGGCAGCAUUACAAUCAUGAGAACAAAAGCUAUGGACUGCAGGCUCUUGAAGCAACAGGUGUCCUGUUGAAUGUCUCCUAACCCUUCCCCCCUGCCACUACAGAAUCUUGGCAGUGCUGCAUGAUAGGUCUUCCAUUUGUUCUACAAUUUGCCUACUUCCAAUUUUGAACUUAGAAGCUGAUGGUGAACACAAGAACUGGGAUUUAUUUUUAACUUUUUUAGUAGAUUUUUGUAAUUCAUGUAUAAUCUUCUUCCAGAAAGUGGACUGGAAUUGAUCUUUAAGCAGCAACCUGCUUCAAUUUGCAGACAUCAUAUGCUGAUCAUGAGAGGAUCUAAAAAUGCCUGAGCUUUAGGGUAGGUUCACGAUGUUUUCUUGAGUGAUUUAAUCUUUUUAUUAUUUUGGAUCUUGUGUUCAACAUGGUUUUAAUUGGUUUAAAUAUUUU